CUCGCUCCCGCGACGGCACACGCAGCAGUGAUCCCGCUUCUAGUCCUAGCUUGCAUGCUAUGCAGUAAACACAGCGUGUACGCGGUAAACCACAAGAUCUUGAGGUACUAGUAUAGAAGGCGCUCCACUACCUCCCUCUCAGCUUCUCCGAAUUCGCUAUCGCCCUGCCAUGUUUUCUUUUGGACGACGCCAGCAGGCGCAAGCGUCAAGACAAACGCAAACAUCAAGUCAGUCGCAAGCAUCAAGACAACUGCAAUCGCUAAGGCGGCCUCCUGGGCCGCCUGCGUUAUCCGAUUUGUCCACGCCGGCGGUGCCAGAUAGCUUAUGGUUUGCGUCGGACUUCCUACUCGGUGCGGGCAUGGUCAUUUUACAGCCAGCCACGGAUAAGAUUGUCGUAGUGUACGAUUCGGCGUCGAGAACCUGGUUUCUUCCGAAAGGCAGAAAGGACGUCGGAGAGAGCACGGAGCAGGCCGCGCUGAGAGAAGCAUACGAGGAGUCUGGAUAUCGUGCUCGGUUCCUGCCCUUGGUCAGCUACAGUAGAGCGCCUGCUCCGGGUUCAAGAUUUAAUGAAGAGGCUACCACCGAGCCGAUAUUUCUGUCCACACAAUACUUCCGGCCGCGAUACGAAAACGACUACGGAGGCGAAUAUUUGACGUUCUGGUACGUCGGAGAGAUUUCAGAGAACGCCGUGCGAGAAGAACACACGGGAAUGGAAGAUGAGCAGCACUACGUUAGCUAUCUCCUGAGUCCUGCAGAAGCGCUACAAAGGCUUGGACGCACCUCUGUGCAAGGCAAAAUUGUAGAGGUGGCAUGGAUACUGUUUAACCAGACGUAUCGGCAACGACCUGAUGCCACACAAACAGAGGAGCCGCCUCAGAGGACACAACGCUCCUCACGUUCGAGUAUGCAGCGCGCGUCGAGAGCAGCCGGUGGAUCGGCCUAAAUGUCACUCCACGUCUCAAGGUCUUAGGUCGAAUCCUCACGAAUGCUGUGUCUUUUGAGGUUCACUCAUCGAUACCCGGACUUUUGUUAUAUCAUGUUGUAAGUAUAGACCCCAUCACGUUUGCCCCUUGGGUACCCUUGUACUGCUAGCCACUCUGUCGCAAAUGCUGUCGAUGCC